AUGAUUGUUGAUUUAUCACAUUUAUUGUUAUCAAAGAUAAUUAGUUAUCUUGAAGAUAACAUAGAUAGAAUAUGUGUCAGUUUAGUUUGUAAAAGAUGGUUCGACGAAAGAGAUAAAUAUCUAUAUUUUAAUACCGAUAAUAUUAAAAUGUCUUGUUUUCAAGAAGAAGAUCGUGAAAGUGAUUUUCGUAAGAGUGUAUUUACAUUAGAAUCAUAUCGAUCAUUAUUAUUCAGAUCAUUCAAUCAAAAGAGUAAUUGCACUCUGUCAUAUGGAUAUGGAUGUAGUAUUUCUUAUGACACAGACUAUUCGAUAGAUUUAGAUAGACGCAAAACAAAUGAUAAGAUUACACCAAAUAUCACCAAAGUUUUUUUGGAAACAAAUGAAGAACUUGGCAAAAAGGAAACAGAGAUACUCUAUGGAAUGAUAUCGAAUUCAAAUGUAUUCAAUCUAAAAGAAAUAGCUAGUUUCAACAGUGUAUGUUUAUCUAGUGUAUUACCUGCGAAUUUGACAUCGAUAACAUUUCAUGAAUUCAAUGAGUCAUUGUUGGCAGGUUAUCUUCCACCGAAACUAGAGAAACUGAAAUUUGAAUGGGAAUCAGAUUUUAAUGAACCAAUCUUGGCAGGUGUUCUUCCAAAUACAUUGAAGAAACUGAAAUUUGCUCAAUACUUCAACAAAACACUCGAACCUCAUGUAUUACCAUCAUCUUUAACAUAUUUAAAAUUGGGAGGUGAAUACACUCAAACACUUCAAGUUGGAUCACUUCCUCCAAAUCUUAGAGUCCUUAUUCAUAAGGGUAAAAGUAAGAUAUCAGAUGGAGUAUUACCAGAAUCACUUUGUACUUUGGCGUCACAUUUCAAAUGGAUUCCAUUCAUCAAAUCGCUGAACAAUCUUACAACUCUAACACUCCUUACAAGUGGUCAUGAUUCCAUUGACACAAUAUACUUGUCAGAUCUACCAGAUUCUCUUACGAGUUUAGAUAUUCAAACUUCAUGUCGUCUCGCGUCAUCUCUAUCACCUUCAAUCAAAUAUCUCGAUAUACACAGUACAACAGAUUAUGAUAUCGAUGAGAUAUUCAAAGAUCGAUCACAAUAUCAUUUCGAAAGGCUCUGUGUCGAUGGAAACAAACAAGAAUCACUUGACAAUCUGAAGAUCAAGGAAUUGCAUCUGGAAUUUGAUCUGGAAUUUGGCAAUAGUGAAUCGAUUUUAAGGUAUAUUCCAUAUGGUGUAGAAACUUUAUAUUUUGGAAACGGUCAGUUUAAAUUUGCUGAAAAAGAUCGAUACUCAAUUCCAUUGUCAGUGAGGAAGAUCAUAUGUCAAUACUAUAAUACAAUCAAUCUAAUUGAAUCUGAAAUUCCAAACAGUGUCGAAGAAGUCGUGAUAAAAUAUUUUUCUCGUUCGGAAGAACGAUUCACAGACAACAUAGAUAGAAUAUGUGUCAGUUUAGUUUGUAAAAGAUGGUUCAAUGAAAGAGAUAAAUAUCUAUAUUUUAAUACCGAUCGUAUUAAAAUGUAUAAUUUUCAAGAAUAUGAAGAGAAUGAUAAUUGUAAGAGUGUAUUUUCAUUGAAAUCAUAUCGAUCAUCCACUACCAAUUUUUUCGUAGUUGUUACGAAUAUUUAUUCAGAAGAAGCUUUUAAAUGUAAACAUACCAAUAUUGCAUUCAUAGACAUGUCUCAUAGUUGA